AUGGUCAGGUCACAUGGGGACGGCGUCGAUGACGGCUCUGGCGUCAAUCGGACCGAAACGAAAGGGCUAGAAACACGGACUGGCCCCACCAAUUCCACCAAAUCAGCCGAAAAUGCGAAUGCAGCAGGGAAAGAUGAAAAGAAGAGAUCAAAGGUUGCGGAACUAUGGGGUAAGAUGGGAUUAGAUGUUGGGACAGUCCUUAUGAUGAUGAAAGCUGCUAUACCUCCCACUAUCGCUUUGGCUAUGUAUCAAGCAGAUUCCGUUGCUGAGACCUACACGACCCUAGGGUAUCUAGUCGCUAUCAUUUCCAUUCUAGGGUUUUGUAUCAUGCCCCGGGCAAAGUUCAUUCAGACCAUGGCCCUAAACGUCAUUAGCUGCUGCAUAGGGGCUGCUGUCGGCCUACUCAUGGUAUGGUCUGGUGUUCAGGCUCGACUUCAUACGCCUGGAAAUCCUCAUCCUUAUAAUUCUUCUCAAUCUGCAGUCUGUGGUAUCUGGCUCUUUUUCCAAAUCUGGCUCGUCAACUCGCUCAAAGCAAAAUUUCCCCAGUUUGCCUUCCCAACAAUCAUCUACGCCAUCUUUGUCAACGUGGCCGCUACUUAUGGCCCCCAAUUCACAACCACCGCGCAGGCCGAGUCGUUUAUUAAACGCCUGCUUGAAUCUUUUCUCACUGGGUUUGGCAUAUCGACUGGCGUAGCGUUGUUCGUCAUUCCUGUGACGUGCCGCAAAGUCGUGAUGAAGGAGUUCACUGGCUACAUCACAGCACUAAGGGACGGUCUUCAAGCUCACAAAGCCUAUCUUCAAAGUCUCGAGACGACUGACAUGUUCGGAUAUAUCUCCAACCCAGUCCCAGACGGGAAAAAUAAAUCCAAGAAAUCAACGAAGAAGGUUGAGGUAGAAGCCCUUAAGAAGAUCACAUCCACGAUCACCGAGCUACAUGGUAAACUGCACGGUGAUCUUCCUUUCGCGAAGCGCGAGAUUGCAUACGGGAAACUCGGUCCAGAGGAUCUCGGGGAAAUUUUUAAGCACCUUCGCGCGGUCAUGGUUCCAAUGGCCGGGCUGGGAUCUUUGGUCGACAUUUUUGGUCGAUUUGCGGAGAUCAAUGGCUGGGAUUCGGAAUCUGAUUCUGACAAUUCAGAUGCAGAACCCGAUGAACUGCGGAGGAAGACGGUAAACGACUGGAACGAGAUCAUGAGAUCCGUCCACAAGCCUUUCGCCACGAUAAUUCAGGUCAUGGAUCAAGGGCUUGAACACGUUCUUCUAAGGCUACAGCUAGUGAAGCCACCGAAAAGGAAGAAAGGCACAAACGAAGCAGAUCAGGAAGCAAAGGGCGACCUUGUGCAACCAGGAGACAAAGGCUUUGCUGAUCAUCUCGAAAGUCAAAGCAGCAUCUUCUAUCAAGGCAAAGAGAUAACCCUACGGCGAUGGGUCGAAAGAAAAGGUAUCAAGUUGGCACCUGACUUUUUCGAAUACCCAGGGAAGUCAGUGUACUCCGAACCUGAACAAAUCAAAAUGGAGCCGCAUCGAACCCACCAACGUAAUCAGGCGCAAUUAUACCUCUUACUCUACAUGGAGUUUCUUUUGUACUCAAUUAGCCAAGCUAUAUUGGCAUUUGUGCGAUUCGCAGAUGAAAAGGAUCAGGAGGCCGCAAAGUCAAGACUCAUACUUCCGGGGAAGAGACGGUUCAGGAAAUGGGUCGCGAACGCGUUCAAGGUCCAGGACGCAAACAGCGACGACACAACUACCGUUGGUGGCAUCGAUGGAAAUAAUACUGUCAUUUAUAUGGGCGAAGCCUACAAAGCCCGGAAAGACCCUGAACAUCUACCACCAGAGAAUGCAUUCGAGAAGGCCGGAAAUUGGAUAAGAGUAAUUCCUGGAUUCCUUAGAUCUCCCGAGUCGGCAUUCGGGCUUCGCUGCGCUUGCGCUACUAUGUCGAUUGCGAUCAUUGCAUAUCUCCGCGAUACUCAGCGCUUUUUUAUUGAACAACGAUUGGUUUGGGCUAUGAUUAUGGUGGCUAUUUCCAUGACCCCGACAUCUGGACAGAGCGUGUUUAGCUUCAUCCUGAGAAUCAUCGGCACCAUUUUUGCGAUGAUUGUUGCUUUUCUCAUAUGGUAUAUACCUGAUCAGAAAACAGCCGGAGUAAUCGCUUUCCUCUGGUUCUUCGUUGCCCUGGGUUUCUACGUGCCACUUAAGAAACCGCAAUUCAUUAUCGUGGGAUUAAUUAGUGUGGUCACCGCCACUUUGAUCGUGGGCUACGAACUCGAGGUCCGCAAAAUCGGACGUCAAUUAGCCACGUCCAACGGGCAGCCUUACUAUGCAAUUUACCUAUUGGCGCCUUACAGAUUAGCAACCGUCGUCGGUGGAUUGGCAGUAGCCUUUAUUUGGACGUUCUUCCCUUACCCAAUCAGCGAACAUUCAGCUCUUCGACAGACUCUCGGCGGUGCCCUCUAUCUCUCGGCAAACUUCUACUCUAUCGUUCAUGAAAUGGUAAUGGCUCGCAUCCGUGGUGAGGAGGGAAUUGCAUCAGAUGAUGAUACGUCUCCCGUAGCUAAGCUUAGCAAGACGAGAAACAAGGUCUUUGCGAAGCAAAUGCUACUACUGCAGAGUCUAAACACGUAUUCAGAUUUUGUGAAGUGGGAGUUUCCGUUGGGUGGGAAGUUUCCGAAGAAGGAGUAUGACACGAUUAUCAAAUGUGUCUCAAACAUCGUACAAUAUACGGCCCUCUUGGGCUACGCAUCUCAAACCUUUACCGAUCCAUCACUCAAUGACGAAGCCGAUCCAUCUGGAGCUCAGUGGUUCCAAGAUUUCCGCAAAAUCAUUAGCUCGGCCAACAUCACCUCGCAUGAAAUCACAUCCAUGCUCGCGCUCCUCUCUUCCAGCAUCACAAACAGCCAACCUCUGCCUCCUUACCUCACCGCUCCGCAAUCGUAUCGGCUUUCUCAGAGGCUCGAAGGCAUCGACAAGGAUAUUCUGAGUAUUAAUCAUAUUGCGGAACCAGGAUACGCGGCGUUUGCGGUAAUCCAGAUUAGCACCAGGUGUAUCAAUGGGGAUUUAGAAAAGCUCUUGAAAACCGUCAAAAAGCUUGUCGGCGAGCUAGACUUCUCAUUCCAUAUCACGAGCACUCAGAAUUCAAGUGAGAGUAGCUCAGCCGAAACACUUAUCAAGACACUCUCUCGUCGAAGCAAGCAGGAUUAG